AUGGCUCCAAAUCAGAUGCCACCGGAGACGGGACACGCUCCAGCGGAGGAGGAGCUGCCGCGGCCCAAGGGCAUCCUGGAACGGAUGCACAAGUACCUCCUCCUGCUUGCCAUCCUCGCCGCCACGGUCACCUACAACGCUGGCCUCAGCCCACCCGGCGGCGUCUGGGCUGACGACGCCGAUGGCCACCUCGCCGGCGACCCCGUGCUCCAGGCUCACUACGCCGCGCGGUACAACGUUUUCUUCUACUGCAACGCGACGGCGUUCGUGGCGUCGCUGGUGAUCAUCAUGCUGCUGCUGAGCAGCACCUUCAGCUUCCACGGGUACCGCGUCCGCGCGCUGCAGGCGGCCAUGGUGCUGGACCUGCUGGGCCUCAUGGGCGCCUUCACGGCGGGGAGCUGCCGGAAGGUCAGGACGUCAGCGUACAUCGUGGCGCUCGCCUGCGCCUGCGUCGCCUACCUCGUCGUGCACCUGCUGCUGCACUUCUGGGUCCGGAGCAGCCGCUGCCCGUCCACCCGCCGGGAGGUCUCCGAGCUGCUCAAUCUGCACCGCCUCUGCCUCUGUUGCUGUUGCUGUGGCCGGAGUGACGACGGCGCUGCCGCCACGCAAGAUGCUCCCAGAGGGCCACGCGCACGCGUGUGA